ACAGAAUGAAGAGGAACAGUUUAUCGAUUGUGAAUAAAAUUGCUCCAUCUUCUCCAGCAGUGAAACAGCCCAAACCUAGAUUCUACUCUUCUCUCAACAAGACUCACACACACAUGGUUCUUCUAGACUGGGGGAGUUUGCCUCAUCAUGUAGUGCUAUGCAUUUUUCAGUAUCUUCCUUUAAUAGAUCGGGCACGGGCAUCUUCUGUAUGUAGAAGGUGGAAUGAAGUUUUUCAUAUUCCUGACCUCUGGAGAAAGUUUGAAUUUGAAUUGAACCAGUCAGCUACUUCAUAUUUAAAAUCCACUCAUCCUGACCUCAUUCAGCAGAUCAUUAAAAGACACGCUGCUCAUCUACAGUACGUCAGCUUUAAGGUUGAUAGUAGUACUGAGUCAGCAGAAGCUGCCUGUGAUAUACUUUCUCAGCUGAUAAAUUGCUCUAUCCGGACUUUGGGCCUGAUUUCAAUGGCCAAGCCAAGUUUUAUGAAUAUGUCAAAGUCUCAUUUUGUAUCAGCACUUACAGUGGUUUUUGUCAACUCAAAAUCACUAUCGUCAAUCAAAAUUGAGGACACUCCAGUGGAUGAUCCGUCAUUAAAGAUUCUUGUGGCCAAUAAUAGUGAUACAUUGAGACUCCUAAAAAUGAGUAGUUGUCCUCAUGUUUCAUCUGAUGGAAUUCUUUGUGUUGCUGAUCAUUGUCAAGACCUUAGAGAACUGGCAUUGAAUUACUACAUUCUGAGCGAUGAACUCCUCCUAGCACUUUCAAGUGAGACUCAUGUUAACCUUGAACAUCUUCGAAUUGACAUUGUGAGUGAAAAUCCUGGACAGAUUCAGUUCCAUUCUAUUAAAAAGAAAAGUUGGGAUGCACUUAUUAAACAUUCCCCCAGAGUUAAUGUUGUUAUGUACUUCUUUUUAUAUGAAGAGGAAUUUGAGACCUUCUUCCAAGAAGAAACCCCUGUUACUCACCUUUAUUUUGGUUGUUCAGUAAGCAAAGCAGUUCUAGGACGGAUAGGUCUUAACUGCCCACGACUAAUUGAGUUAGUGGUGUGUGCUCAUGGUCGUCAGCCUCUUGAUAAUGAACUUAUUUGUAUUGCCAGCCACUGUAAAAACUUAACAGCCUUGGGCCUCAGUGAAUGUGAAGUGAGCUGCAGUGCAUUCAUUGAAUUUGUAAGACUCUGUGGGAGAAGGCUCACCCAGCUCUCUGUAAUGGAAGAGGUUUUGAUCCCUGAUGAUGAUCAUAACUUAGAAGAGAUUCACACUGAAGUCUCCAAAUGGCUGGGAAGAGUAUGGUUCCCUGAUGUAAUGCCUCUCUGGUAA